CUAAAAAACCUUCUCUUUUACUCACUAUAAAUGACCUUAUCUCACCUAUCAAGUGAGUUCAUACCCUAAUGACUUCAGAGGGUAACAUACUUUUGAUUUUGAUCACAUUUGGUCACUGAACUUUUUUUCGUGCUCUAUUAACCCUUUAACUUGUUGAUUUGUGCAAAUUUUCCCCUUCCAACCGGGUUUAGCCGGUUUCAAACGGUUUAUUGAUCCUACGUGUAUUUUUUUAUCUUACGUGGCGAAAGAGGUGGCAUGUAGGGCCCGAUUUUUCGUCUCCGUCUCAUUAAACCACACCCCGAAGUCUCAUUUGGUCCUUAAACUCGACUAGGUCACAAAAUUCUCCAUCGAUCAUUCAUCUCCUUCAACCGUUCUAUGGCAUCAUCUCCAAAUCCUACUGAUCAGAACUUCAUUGUAGUGGAUUUCCACUACAAUGGUCAGUUUGCACCCAAUCCCUUAGUUUACUUUGAUCCCACAGAGCAUCAGUGCGAGAUGUUGACUUCAGUGGGUUUGGGUAUGAGCAAUUCAUGGAAUUCCUUCACAAGCUCACCAACUCGAGAAGCAAAGACAUCUAUUUCUGCCUUCCACAAGAGUCUUUAGGUCUUGGAAUUCAUACACUGGUGAACAACGGUGAUUACAAGGAAUUUUUGGAUUUGGCGUAUGCUAAUGACAAGAGAAUGAAUGUAUAUGUGGAUCACCAUAAUGAACCUAUCUUCGACUGGAUUGAGGCUGAGGAAAGUGAAAGUGAAAACGAAGACUUAGAUGAAGAUGAGGAUUCAGUUAUUCAAGAUUCAUAUUCUGUUGAUCAUGAAGAAGAUGAUGCUACCUAUCCAUUUCCAGCAAACAAAACUGCACGUGAUAGAUUUUUAAACAUCCUUUGUGAACCUAUAGAGAGUGAAGAUCAAGAUGAUGAAUACGUGCCACCCCAGUACCCUGUGUAUGAUGAGAGACAGCCAUGGGAUCAGAUGAAACCAAUUAUAGGUAUGCGAUUUUCUAACCCUACUGAGCUUAAACAUAUGUUAAGCAAUUAUGCAGUUGCUAAUGGGUAUGAUCUAUGGUUUGAAAAAAAUGACUCUGAUAGAUUGUUAGUGAAAUGUUGCAAAAAGAAUAAGUCACCAUCUUGCCCUUUCAGACUAUGGGCCUCCUGGAUGGGUAAAGAAAAGACUUUUCAGAUCAAAUCUCUAGUGAAUGAACAUAAUUGUUGUAGGGUGUUUAAGUUUGGGUCAAUUGUAACUUAUAGAUGGAUAGGGAAACAUUUUAUGAGUCAAAUUAUAGAGAACCCAAAAUGAGUGCAAGGAAGAUGAAAGCUAAAGUGUCAACAACAUUCAACAUAAAUGUGAGUGUGGGGCAAUGCAGAAAUGCAAAGAAAUUUGCAUUACAAGAGAUUGAAGGAAGUUUAAUUGAACAUUAUGGGAGAUUGUGGUCAUAUGGUGAGGAAAUUAUCAGGUCAAAUCCUGGGUCUACUGUGAGAUUGGAUGUAGACAUCAUGCCAGAUUCCACAACUUUGUUUUCUAAGUUUUAUGUGUGUUUCAAAGCUGUAAGGGAUGGUUGGUUAGAAGGGUGCAGGCCAGUAAUUGGGCUUGAUGGUUGCUUUUUAAAGGGUAUAGUUAGAGGAGAAGUUAUUUCAGCUGUUGGGAGAGAUGCAAACAACCACAUCUACCCUUUAGCAUGGGCUGUGGUAUGUGUUGAGAAUAAAGAAACAUGGAAGUGGUUCAUAGAUUUGCUUAUGGAUGACAUUAAUGGUGGUCUUGGUGCAGGCAUUACCCUUCUUUCUGAUGGACACAAGGGGUUAUUACAAGCAGUUAAGGAAAGAUGUCCAGAAGCUGAACAUAGACAAUGUGCUAGACACAUUCUGGCCAAUUUUAAUAAAAGGUUUACUGGUCAACAAUACAUAAAGUUAUUUUGGAGGGCUGUAAGGGCUAGUACUGUGGAGAAGUUCAGAGGUGUAAUGGAGAACAUCAAAUCUAUUGAUACUCAUGCUUAUGAUUACCUUAUAGACAGAGAUCCUACUACCUGGUCUAAGGCAUUCUUUCAAGAAGGAAGAGACUGUGAUGCAGUGGAGAAUGGGGUCAGUGAGAGUUUCAAUUCUGCUAUUAGGCAUGCUAGAAGGAGACCUAUAAUCACUAUGCUGGAGGAGAUUAGGUUAUUUGUGAUGGAAAGGAUAUACACUCAAAGAGUUGAAGGAAUGGAAUGGGAUUUGCUUAUAUGUCCAACUAUUAGGAAGCGUAUAGAACAUCUGAAGGUUAAACAGAGAUUGUGGGGAGUUACUCCUUGUGGUUAUCAAAAGUAUGAGGUUAGAUUCACUGAUGUUGCAUAUGGAGUGGAUCUAAUUGCAAAGAAGUGUGCCUGUAGAAUAUGGCAACUUACAGGGAUACCAUGCUUACAUGGAGUGGCAGCAAUAUCUUACUUAAAUCAUGAUGCUGAGGCAUAUGUGUCCCAAUCAUACACUACUGAGGCUUACCUAAAAUGCUACAAAUAUAGCAUUAAUCCUCUCAAUAGUAGUGAAAUGUGGCCAGAUGUUCCAUACCAUAAGCCUUUGCCUCCCAAAAGAAGAAGAUUACCUGGUAGGCCAUCUGUGAAAAGGAAGAGGGAUGCAAUUGAACGAGAGUUGAGUGGAUCAAGUAGACAAACUGUCUCAAGAAGGGGUAGCAUAAUAAAGUGUGGUAUUUGUAAGGAACCAGGUCACAACAAGAAAAAGUGUCCAUCUAACCAACAAAGCAAUACAUCAGUACCAAGUUCAUCCAGGGGCAGUGGAGCAGACCCAAGUUUAUCCAGGGGCAAUGAAGGACCACCACCUCCUCCACCACCACCUGCAGCCCAACAACCUCCUCCACCACCACCUGCAGCCCCCAUGCCAAGAAGAAGGGUCCCAGUUAGUAGAAGUGGAAGGAGGAAAUAUUCUGAACGGAUUAUCAAACAAGCAUUAAGGAGGCAGAUACCUGGGGUUGGGAGCAAUGCAGAUAACCCUUCAGUUAUUGAUUAAUUUAGGGGAUAAUAGUGGGUGGGUAGGAAUAUCUUUUGUAAGGCAGUUGUGAUGUAAAGACAAAGUAGUAGUCUUUUUAUUAUGCUUUUCUAUGGUACUAUCAAGUAGGUGUAUGGGCACAUGGUGGCCCUUCUUUUGUCUAUGCAGGAAUCUUUUGUGUUACCUAGAAACUACUUUUGUGUAUGCAGACAAAAACUUAUAUAACUGUAGAAUAUUAAUGGCGUAUUACAAUGAAUCCAACCACCACAUUCACUUA